AUCUGGAAUACAAAUUUACUCGUGAGAGACAUGCUUCUGAAAAGCGAUCUGGAUAAUGAGGGUAUCCUGGAGUGUGUGCUUAAACUGAUCUCACUAACAAAAGAGCUGAGCAGAUCUCUCAGCCAGCAGUUGGAGAAUAUUGUAGAAGGUCUUCAAGACAUUUGCCACUUACUGAGAGCUCUUCAAGACAAACACAGGAAAUUGACUUCAAGGCAAGAGUGCAAUGAAAUUAUAGAUUGUUUGCUGAAAGUGAAGGAUUAUUUGAUAAAUACAGUCUCAUACCUUCAAGAGACAGAGAAUAAACUUAAUGCUGCUAACUACAAACAUGAUGAUAAAUCUCAGAUCCAGACAGCUGAGAGUGCUUCAGGAGAAAUGCACGUUUGCUAUUCUGAAGUAGAAGGAAAAGAGUCUGCGCAAAUAUCUUCUAGUCUAAGUCAGCCAUCCCAAAUAGCUCCUUCCCAGAGCUGGAACAGUAAUCAAAUCCAGACAAGUGAAACCAAAGCUGUGGAAAAAGAAACAGUUGCAUCAUUAACUGCAAAUGUAUCUGCUCAAGAAAAGUAUAUUAGCAGAGAAACUCCAGUGAAAAAGGAAAAUGAAAAAACUUAUGGAAGUGGCUCUUCUACUAAAAUGUUUCCAGAACUAAGAUACUCAUAG